AUGCAUAAUUUUGAGGAAGAACUAACGUGCUCCAUUUGUUAUAGCAUAUUUGAGGAUCCUCGAGUUCUGCCAUGUUCCCAUACGUUCUGCAGAAAUUGUCUGGAAAAUAUUCUUCAGGCAUCUGGAUACUUCUACAUGCAGAGAGGCAUGAGAACUCCACUGACAUGUCCUAAUUGCAGGAGUAUAAUUGAAAUCCCUCCCCCUGGCAUUGAGUCUUUGCCCAUCAAUUUUGCCCUGAGGGCUAUUAUUGAAAAAUACCAGCAAGAAGAGCACCCAGAUGUCAUCACGUGCCCCGAGCACUCCAGCCAGCCACUCAACGUCUACUGCCUGCAGGAUCGCCAGCCGGUGUGUGGUCACUGCCUUACCAUUGGCCAGCACCGCGGGCACCCCAUCGAAGACCUUCUCAGUGCCUACGUGAAAGAAAAGGAUGAGCCCCCCAAACUCUUUGAGCAGCUGACUGACGGUCACUGGGGAGAUGUCUGCUUGCUCGUUGAAAAGUUAGAGGAACAGAAAUCCCAUGUGGAGCAAGUUGUUCAAAGUGAUAAAGAAACUGUCCGCCGCUAUUUUAAGAAGCUUAAUGAUAUCUUGGAACUGAAAAAAGAUGCUUUACUAUCUGCUUUGGAUGAUGUUGGGAAGGCGAUUGAUGAAGAAUACACUCCACAAAUUGAAAGAAUGAAAGAAAUAAGAGAAGAGCAGAUCGAACUAAAAUCAUUGACUGCAUUUUUGGGAGAUGAGGAGUCGCCACUUAAGUUCCUAGAAAAAUUCCAUAAUGUUCGUCAGCGGGUGCAGGCACUGAAACAAAGAGAGCUGCCCAGUGUUCAGACUCUAGAGAUUUGUCCCCGUGUUGGCCCCAUCCUGAAGGAAGAGUGGGCCAGAACUGAAAUCAGUCAAAUAAAAAAACUUGUGGUUCCAGAAAUAAAGCUCUCCUCGCAAAUGAUGCAAUGCGUCCCCGCCAAAGAGGAGGAGAAGAAGGAAGAAGAGGAGGAGAAGGAGGAGAGGAAGAAGAAAGCGGAGUUUGCAGUGAUUUUCAGCAUUUUUAUACUGACUAUUAUUUCAGGAAUGUUGAUGUUAAUAGUUUUGUUUAACACAUACGUGCUGCCCAUUUUACACAAUGUGAGUUCAGGAUAUUUCUCUGAAGUUUCUCAAUCUCUAUAUUAUUCUUUUUUCAAUGACAUGUAUACAGUUAAGGAAACCGUGUGUCUCACUUACCAUACACUGGAAGGAUUCCUAUGGGAUGCGAUUUCCUGUUUAUGAGAAUUUGAAUCUGGAUUUAACUCUGCUUUCUUCUCUCUAGCCAGUUCUUAAUUUGAUCUGGGAGGCGAGGGGGGAACCUUUCCUGGUGCUACCCAAAAUGGCAGACCACCUGUCUCCUUUAUGAUUAGAUGGCUUGACAUGCCAUGUUUCAGUAGGGGCGAUGGGCCCAAAAGCAAAGAGCAAGGAGAAGCAGAAUGCUUGGAUUGUUGGAAAUUCAGUUAAUUAAAGUUGACUGGUUUUCUAAGAAAUUUUUUAAUUGAGAUUAUUUCAAAUUUACUUUUCCAU